AAGAGAAGCGGAGGUGGCUGGUUCCUCCUUUUCCACCGCAGCUCGGACUGAAACCCGGAACUGGUUCUGGGAAGAGCCACUUCCAUAAGCGAGCAAGGGUGGGGUUGGUUUUUUUUCUUUCCGCAGCGAGGCUGGUGCGGGCAUGGCGGCGAUGGGCAUGCCCGACCCGAGCUUCUUGUGGGGAGUCUUCCAAAGGGUUGAUAAGGAUCGUAGUGGUAUCAUCUCCGACACCGAGCUCCAGCAAGCACUUUCCAACGGGACAUGGACUCCAUUUAACCCAGCAACUGUUAGAUCUAUCUUAUCUAUGUUUGACAGAGAAAACAAAGGUGGUGUAAACUUCAAUGAAUUCACAGGAGUCUGGAAAUACAUCUCUGACUGGCAGAACGUUUUUCGCACGUAUGACAGAGACAACUCCGGAAUGAUUGACAAACAUGAAUUAAAACAAGCCCUAACAGGUUUUGGAUACCGACUGACUGACCAGUUCUAUGAUCUCCUGAUUCAGAAAUUUGACAGACAAAGAAGAGGGCAGGUGGCCUUUGAUGACUUCAUUCAGUGCUGUGUUGUACUGCAGAAAUGGACAGAUGUCUUCAGACGCUAUGAUACUGAUCAGGAUGGUUGGAUACAAGUAUCUUAUGAACAAUAUCUUUCUAUGGUCUUCACUGCUGUAUGAUUGUAAAUAUUGUCUGUGAUCAAGGAAAAGAAUUUGCAAACUUGCAUACAAGAGAAAUGGAUAACUUUCAUUCUUCCAUACAGAACAAGAGGUUUAGAAAUACGUGCAUUGCUUAAAGAUUCUGUUAUUCAUUGCAAAAGGUGCUAUAGCUGUAAGAUUCAGCAUUGUAUCAUGUAUAUUUUAUUGCUGGAAGUAAUGUUUAAAUGCCAAACAGUAGAAUUCUUAUUCAAAUUUGCACACUAUUGUAUUUGUCUUUUUAAAAUAGGAAGCGCAAAACAAAUUAAAUUUUUAUCCUAUGUCUUCACAGCAGGAAUGACCUUAAAUGCACAGGUGUCAAGAUAUACACUUGUAUUGUUUCUCCCACUUAGAUUAGGUUUCAUCUGCUUCUUCCAUUUAUUAUUAAAAAAAAGAAAAGAAAAUUAAUGUUAUUCUUCUUCCUGGGAUUUUUAAAUUCUGAGUAAGCACAGAGAUUUAUUACUACUAAAGCUGAAUAAUUCUGCUUUUUCUGUAUCUUCAGGUGUAAUAAAAAGGUUUACUGCCUUUCCUCUCUGACUUGGAGAUAUAGCUGGGUAUGAAUAUAUUGCUACAGUCAUACUGUGUAUAAAAAUGUUUUGUAACUAAACACGUUGCAAUUUUGAGCGGAGUUUUACCUUCAGCAGUUGCUUAGGAUGUGCUGCUAGCCUAAAUAAUACUUUUCUGCACACACCUAGAACUGGGAAGGAGGGUCAAGAUCCAGUCUAUUUUGGAAUAGUACAUGGCCACACAAGGGCUGCAUUUUCAACCAUGCAUAAUUUAUUAUAUGCCUAAUUUACUAACUGCAUAGCAUUUCUGCAGUAUGAUCCUAUCUUUUAUAUGGCAAGCAACUUGACUGCCAUAUAUGUUGCAUUUACUUCCUCUACCUUACGUCACAAAACAGAAAACUUGUGAAACAAAAUUUAUUCGCUGAAAUUUCAUUGAAGAGUAUUAGUCCUGAUUUACAUGGCAAAUGAAUAUCCCUAAAUAGUAGAACUGAUAGCCUCAUUUGGAAUGUACUGAUAUAUAUUUCCACUCGUGUUGACUUAGUGCCGUUAAAUCAAAAUUACAUGUAGAAAUAGUAACUAGAACAGAGUUAACAACACCUAUCCCCCCCCCCCCAUUAUCAUGUUAUGGUAAACUUCAGAAA